AUGAUACUCAACAGAGAAUGUACUGUGACAACAACUAAAGAUGAUAUAUCUUUAACGAUAAAGAAAUUGAAUCUCAAGGCGGAUGACUGUUGUCGAUUUAACAUUACUAGACACAACGUUUCGGAAUAUUGCUCACAGAAUGGUUCGUUUAUUCCACCCAAUGCCAGAUAUAUUGGUAAAAAAACAGCAUCUGUAAGACUUGAGAACGUGGUAAAUAAAGAUGGCGAAAGUUUCUCAAUAUUAGUUAAAGCUGCAGGUAAUGUAACUAUAGACUGUAGAACAAUUGAACAAGACAAUAUACAAGGUAGCUCCAUGCCAUCAACAACAUCCCCAUCAUCGAAACGUAUGGAAGAUCCUGAGACCAAUCUGGCUGGAACAAUCGGUGGUACUGUCGGAGGAGUGGUUGUUCUGGUCGUCAUUAUAGUUAUCAUUAUAUCUGUCCUCGUAGUUAAGAGGAGAAGACGUCGACCAAAAGAUAAAGUUAAUGAAAAUAAUUACUACUCUACUGUCGACGAUGAUCCUAAAGGAAACUCAAAUUAUACCUAUAUUGAUGUUGAUUUAGACAAAGUCGGCUACAGUAAAAUAAACAACCCCGGUGCUAACCAGGGCAGUCAUGCCAAGGAGAGAAAUCCAAACGAAGAGAAGAGGAAAAAUCCAAAAUUCAAAAGACAGGAUUUCUCGUUUGUUGAACGCAAUUUCGAGAAAAUGAAUGACAGUAAAGAUGCCAGAAAACGAAAUGUUCCAAAUGCAACAGCGAAUCCCGAAAGAAAAGAGGACUGUGAACCUGCAAACUAUACAUACAUUGAUGAUUCUAUGAUUAAGGCACCAGAUAAACCAUCAGCAUCAGCUGCUAAAGACGGUGGGCAACGGAAUGCUGGAAAGGAGUCGUCGACUGCACAAUACACCAAAGUUGAUAAGAAAAAG